GGCUGGGGGCAGCCAACAAUGCACCUUUCAGCGCUACCAAUCUGUCCCCAAGCACUACCAUGAUUCACGUCACAUUUUUAUUUGAGGACAUGAAAGCUUACAGACACGCGGAUGAUGUCGUGACCUAAUUCCAGCCUGAAAUGAACAUUAAAGGCCUCUCGCCAAAGACAUUCAACAGCAACACGCUUAUUGAAUGCAUAAAGGCGCUGAUCACCAUUGACCGUAGAUGGAAACCCAAGGAGCUUCGGUACAGUCUUUUACCUCAUACCCACGUCAACUUGUGCCAUUACAUGGCACCACGGAGUAUAUUCGCGCAGCGCCCAGAGGCAUCGGUGCAUAUAAGCUUGCCGCGAACUAUGGCCCCUGUAUCGUCGCACAAGAAAGUGCAGCGAACCAGGGCUGCACGCAGAACUUGUGGUUACAAGGCCCCGAGCACUGGCUUACAAAGGCGAUAUUGUUAUCAAGGACACGGAUGGCGUGAGCGCAGCCUUGUCGAGAGAACUGGGUACAACGGAAGUGAUAUCAUGAUAUCAACUAGUGAAGACGGUACGGGUCCUGUCUCGAAGCCGCUUUGGACAGAGCGGGCUCCUAGACAGGAGUGGCGGGUCCCGGCAUAUGCAUUAUGAAAGGUCUAUUGCUUGGAACCUUUGCCAAGGGAUACACAGUUUGAACGAAGAUAUUUUGGCGAUACCAUGAUAAUUCUAUGAGGAUGAGGUUACCCAAGGUCAUCGAUGAUUAUCACUACGGACCUUGAAUCGAAUCCAGGAUGUCAUCAGAAGCUCUUGUACAUCGUUCAGUUGCUGUACCAAUGGUGAUGCCGAGUCUCCAGCACUUACCUAUGCUUUCCGGCCAA